GCAGAACGAUAGAAAGCCGUGAAGACGAAACUGAAAGAAGUAAAAGAGUGUGAGAAAGUUUCAUUUGUAUUUGUGUUAGAGUGACCGACCAUGUUUACGCCCAGAAAAAAACCUAUCUAGUUUCUCCCAAGGGAACCCCUAACUCCGCAGGGAAAGAAAAGUGGGUAUCCACUAUCCACUGGAACUCUCUGUAUUCACUUCUUUAUCUCUUCUCUUUCUGCUAUUACCGUUGUCUCUACUUUGGCUAAAUCAUGUUGGCCUCCACACUCCUUACGCCCUCCAAACUCAACCCUUCCCAUUUCGUCCCACCGACCAACUUCGCUGAUUUUCACCCACGAAACAGAGUCUCAGUCUCUCCCAAAUCAAACUCCAAACUCGCUGUGCUCGUCAGGGCCACUAGUAACGGCCGUGAUGGCGCGGUUGAUGCUACCUCUUCCCCUGGUACGAGUACAUCUUCUGGCCUUGGUGAUGGUUAUGUGGCCUUGUUUGUUCGUAUGUUAGGCCUAGAUCAUGAUCCUCUGGAUAGAGAACAAGCUAUAAUUGCAUUAUGGAAAUAUUCACUUGGUGGAAAGAAGUGUAUUGACACUGUAAUGCAGUUUCCUGGUUGUAUUAAUCUUGUUGUCAAUCUCCUCAGAUCAGAGUCUGGUUUGGCAUGCGAGGCUGCUGCAGGCCUUCUGCGAUCAUUGUCUUCAGUCAAUCUAUAUAUUAAUUUUGUAGCUGAUAGUGGAGCAAUAGAAGAGAUAACCAGAUUGCUGAGGCAAUCUUCCAUGGCUCCUGAGAUAAAGGAGCAGUGUUUGAGUACACUUUGGAAUUUAUCUGUUGAUGAGAAGAUCUGCAUUAAAAUUUCAAAGACUGAUAUUCUGCCAUUAGCCAUUAAGUACCUUGACGAUGAGGAUAUAAGAGUGAAGGAGGCUGCAGGGGGCAUUUUGGCAAAUUUAGCAUUGCGCCAUGUUAACCACAACAUCAUGGUCGAAGCAGGCGUUAUACCAAAAUUGGCAAAGUUCCUAACGUCUAAUUUGGAAGGAUCUAAAGUUAUUAGAAAGGAAGCAAGGAAUGCAUUGCUGGAACUUGCUAAGGACAAGUAUUAUAGAAUUCUAGUUAUUGAGGAAGGUCUGGUUCCUGUGCCACUGAUAGGAGCAGCAGCCUAUAAGUCACUCACUCCAGGCUUACAUUUGUGGCCCACAUUACCAGAUGGUAUAGAAAUUGAAAGGACUUCUAGUCAGUCUUCCAAAUUUGGUGCAUCAGAUUUACUUCUUGGAUUAAAUAUUGAUGACAAAAAUGCUAACAUAGAGGAAACAAAAAUCAAUGCAAUUAUUGGACGAACACAACAGCAAUUCCUUGCUCGUGUUGGGGCUCUAGAAGUGGAAGAAAUGGCAAUACCUCAUUCUGAAUGCUCAAAUGAUCAGCGGUCUACACUUUUACCUUGGAUGGAUGGUGUUGCUCGUUUAGUAUUGAUACUAGAACUGGAAGAUAAGUCUGCAAUAAUAAGGGCUGCAGAGUCAAUUGCUACUGCAUGUAUCAAUGAAGAUAUGCGAAUUGCAUUCAAAGAGGCUGGAGCAAUUAAGCAUUUAGUUAGGCUUUUGAACUGUGAUGAUAACGCAGUCCAGUUGGCAGCAACACAAGCUUUAGAAAGGCUGUCUGUUAGCAAUGUUAUUUGCCGGGUAAUUGAAUCCGAGGGUGUUUUAGGUCCUUUAGUUAGUAUUUUGAAAUGCUCAGAGAUAGCUGAAACUAUUGUGGAAAAGUCUCUGAACAUACUUGCUCGUAUAUUAGACCCCAGUAAAGAGAUGCAAUCAAAGUUUUAUGAUGGACCAGUUGAUGCAUCUGAGAAAGCAUUUGGGGGAGCAAACAAUGAUGGUGUUUCAGUAAGUUGUAGUAGCACUGAGCUAGACAUAUCAAAAUCAAACACCAGGAAUGACAUACUGGAUUCUGGUUUCAUUGCUCGCCUCGUUGAGAUUCUGAAGUCCUCUUCCCCUAGUUUACAAGAAAAAGCUGCUUCUGCGCUUGAGUUUGUGGCAUUGACAGACCCAUCUCUUGCCCCAAUUAUAUCUCUAGAUAUUGAAUCCAGUCUCAAUUCUGUUUUUCAGCAAAAAAUUUUGAAAAUUUCAGCGGACAUGGAAUCCGAUGUAGAAUGUCAGUUUUCAGAAGCGUAUGCAAUUGAAUUUGAAGAAGCUGGUCUUGCAAUAUCUGCAGCAUCCCGGUUAAUGACAAGACUACUCGACUGUGAGCAGUUUCGCCGCAAAAUAGAUUCUUCCCAGUUCAUUUGUUUGCUUCGCGAAAUCCUCAGGUCCAGUAUUCCUCUCCACAGCAAAGAUUGGGUAGCUGCUUGCCUAGUUAAACUAAGUUCUCUCUCUGGCUACAACAUGAGUUUCGAUCCAAUAAAUGUGGAAGUUACACUUUAUGAGACAAUCCCAAGACUCUUGGAACAGAUCAAAACUUCAUUCUCCCCAGAAGCACAGGAAAAUGCUGUUGUAGAACUUAAUAGAAUAAUAUCUGAAGGUGUGGUAGAUUCUACAGGGGCUAUUAUUUCUGGGGGGGCAAUAUAUUCAUUGGUGAAGCUGAUGGAAGAAGGUAGUGAAAGAGCUGUUGAAGCAAGCUUGGCAAUAUUGUAUAAUAUGAGUAUUGACAGUGAGAACCAUUCAGCACUUGUGGCUGCUGGAGCUGUCCCGGCCUUAAGAAGAAUUAUUCUAUCAAACGGGCCACAGUGGGAACGGGCACUUCAUGUACUCAGGAAUUUGCAAACAUGAUGAGUCCAAGGGGACAAAUCCUGAAACAGUUUCCUGAUAUUGUAUAAUCUACUUGAAAUGUGUACAAGAAAAUAUUUACUCUUUUUUAUAUAGAAAACGUAUUUGA